AUGGCGCCGUCGUGGUGGGGGAGGGACGCGAGGGCCAAUGGCGGCGGCGGCGGUGGCGGGACGCCUGUGGUGGUGAAGAUGGAGAACCCCAACUGGUCCAUCUCCGAGGUCUCCGCGUCGGAGGUGGCGGCGCCGGACUCGCCGGCGGGCGGCGGCGGGGGCAAGGCCGGCCGGGGCAAGAAUGCGCGCCAGAUCACAUGGGUGCUGCUCCUCAAGGCGCACCGCGCCGCGGGGCGGCUCACGGGAGCGGCCUCCGCGGCGCUCGCCGUGGCGGCGGCCGCGCGACGGAGGGUGGCGGCGGGGCGGACGGACUCGGACGUGGCCCCCGGGGAGAACACGGCGCUGCGCGCGCGCUUCUACGGCUGCAUCCGGGUGUUCCUCGUGCUCUCCCUGCUGCUGCUCGCCGUCGAGGUGGCGGCGUGGCUCCAGGGCUGGCACCUCGAGGUGGACGCGGGGCUCCUCGCCGUCGACGGCCUCUUCGCCGCCGCCUACGCGGGCUGGAUGCGCGCCCGCCUCGACUACCUCGCGCCGCCGCUGCAGUUCCUCACCAACGCCUGCGUCGUCCUCUUCCUGAUCCAGAGCGUCGACCGCCUUGUACUUUGCCUCGGCUGCUUCUGGAUCAGGCUCAAGGGCAUCAAGCCCGUGCCGCUGGCCGCCGACAAGGAGGACGUCGAGGCCGGCGCCGAGGACUUCCCCAUGGUGCUCGUGCAAAUGCCCAUGUGCAAUGAGAGGGAGGUGUACCAGCAAUCCAUUGGUGCAGUUUGCAGCCUGGACUGGCCAAGGUCAAACUUCUUGGUCCAGGUGCUGGAUGAUUCUGAUGAUGCUACCACUUCAGCACUUAUCAAGGAGGAAGUGGAGAAAUGGCAGCGGGAGGGUGUGCGCAUAAUAUACCGGCACCGAGUGAUCAGGGAUGGCUACAAGGCUGGAAACCUGAAAUCAGCCAUGAACUGCAGUUAUGUGAAAGAUUAUGAGUUUGUUGUCAUCUUUGAUGCCGAUUUCCAACCACAGCCAGAUUUCCUGAAGCGCACUGUGCCCCAUUUCAAGGGAAAGGACGAUGUCGGGUUGGUUCAGGCAAGAUGGUCUUUUGUAAACAAGGAUGAGAACUUGCUGACCAGACUUCAGAACAUAAACCUUUGCUUCCACUUUGAGGUGGAGCAGCAGGUGAAUGGGGCAUUUCUCAACUUCUUUGGGUUCAAUGGCACUGCGGGAGUAUGGAGAAUUAAGGCACUCGAGGAUUCUGGAGGAUGGAUGGAAAGGACAACAGUGGAGGAUAUGGACAUAGCUGUCCGAGCACAUCUCAAGGGAUGGAAGUUUGUCUUCCUAAAUGAUGUUGAGUGUCAAUGCGAGUUGCCAGAAUCCUAUGAAGCUUACAGAAAGCAGCAACACCGGUGGCACUCAGGUCCCAUGCAAUUGUUUAGGCUUUGCUUUGUGGACAUAAUCAAAUCCAAGAUUGGAUUCUGGAAGAAGUUCAAUCUCAUAUUCCUUUUCUUCCUCCUCCGGAAGCUCAUCCUACCCUUCUAUUCGUUCACCCUUUUCUGUGUCAUCCUUCCCAUGACAAUGUUUGUUCCUGAAGCUGAACUCCCCGCAUGGGUAGUAUGCUACAUUCCAGCAACAAUGUCCAUCCUCAACAUCCUCCCAGCCCCAAAAUCCUUCCCUUUCAUUGUUCCAUACCUUCUGUUUGAGAACACCAUGUCAGUAACCAAGUUCAAUGCCAUGAUUUCUGGCCUGUUCCAGCUUGGGAGUGCCUAUGAGUGGGUUGUCACCAAGAAAUCAGGUCGUUCUUCUGAGGGCGAUCUUGUUGCCCUCGUUGAAAAACACUCUAAGCAACAAAGAGUGGGUUCUGCGCCCAAUCUUGACGCGCUAACAAAGGAGGAGUCAAAUCCUAAAAAGGACUUGAAGAAGAAGAAGCACAAUAGGAUCUACAGGAAGGAACUUGCACUGUCCUUCCUUCUGCUAACAGCAGCCGCCCGCAGCUUGCUGUCUGCCCAGGGCAUCCAUUUCUACUUCCUCCUGUUCCAAGGGGUCUCAUUCUUGGUCGUCGGUCUCGACCUAAUCGGCGAGCAAGUGGAGUGACAGAAAAUAAAGAGUACAAUGGGUUCUUUUUUUGUCUGAAGAAAUCUUUCAAGCAUCGAAGCGGCUCUUUGUAAAGGGAAGAGCGUCGCACUCAUUGAUGCUUACACGAGGAAGCUUUGGUCCCUGUUCCAGGGGGUCGAGAUUCACCAGAGAUACUGAAAUGUGGAGCUGUAGAUAGUUAUAGCUUGGAUUUAGCCUGUGAGAUGCUUUUAUUCUUUCAGGUCUCGAUUCUUUUGUAAGAAUAUUCCUGUGCCUAGAUGGGUUCUUUCUUUCUUUCUUUCUUGACAGACUUUACCUUCAAAUGAAGAUAAUACUUGUGGUUACCAUGUAUUUGAUCAAUCAAUCAAUUACCAUGAUUAUUGGGAUACAUGUCCUAUACAUAGUCCCAUCCUUUUUAGAA